ACGAUUUUCUACGGUUACGAAAACACUGAUACCUAACGAAAGUUGAUGGUGAUUGUUUAAGGUUGUUGGUUUGCCCUUGAUCGUAGUUUUUCUCGAUGAAUACGUCUGACAAUCGCCAAUUAGGCCUAGAUCGCCUGAGAUAGAGAAGUUCUUGAAACAUUGGCUAAAAACUUCAUCAAAGAUCUGCUCACAAUAUUUGUCGUAUUUGAUUAAGCAUUAACGGCUAUAUAAUGAAUUCACCAUUACUGAGAUUGAUCCACGAGCCUCUGUCUUUCCGAUUGUCCACAUUCCUUUGAGAUCUUUGCAAUAAUUAUCGGCCCCAUAUCAACAGCAAAGUGCCAGUUGAAAUUCCCGGCAAGACUGAAGGUUCCGCUCCACAACGCGAUUUUAGCACUACGCCUACCGUAAGCCUAUGUAUGUAUUAGGAUCAUACACAGAUUUAUUUAAAGGAAGUGGACAGCAUCAAUAAUGGAGUUUCCUGGCAUGCCCCCAACAUUCCCUCGGCCUGAUGGAAUACAAGGGGAGAUAAUCCCACCCCCUCCCAUGAACCCCAACAUGAUGGGGGGUGAAGGCUACCAGGACAACAUGGAACACAUGUACCCCCACCCUGGGGGAGAGAGGUCCGAGUACACUCACCAUCACAGCGUGUUCAUGGACGGGGGAAGUCCGUAUGGGGUGUCAUGUAUGACCUUUGACACACAGGAACUACUUUGGGCAGGAACACAGAGUGGCCAUGUGACCUCCUACUAUGGGUCUGACAUGCAGAAAUACACCUCAUUCCACGUCCACGCAUCCAAUGACAUCCGACAGAUUCUGACCUUGGAGAAUGGCAUCCUGUCUCUCACCAAGAACAGCAUGCGUCUGUCAGUUCGGCGGGGCUUCUCCAUCAUGAACUACAUAGGUGAUGGGAAUCUUCAGGACAUGCAGUGUAUGAUGGCAACCGGCCCUCACUCAGUGCUCAUGGGGGGACACCAGACCAAGGUCAUUGAGGUCGACCUCAACAAGGGCAUAGAAGUGAACCAGUUUGAAGUGAAGGAGCCUGGAUGUGCUAUCUUCCGUCAUUCCAGCAAGUACAUCUGUGCAGGGGACACCAGUGGACGGGUGACCUUGUAUGACCCCCAGUCAAUGAAGGCUGAGCAUGUUUUGGAAGCUCACACAGGCACGCUGUCAGACUUCGAUCUCCAUGAUCACCUCCUUGUCACCUGUGGCUUCUCUAACAGGAUGGGUAACCUCCAGGCUGACCGGUUCCUCAAGGUGUAUGACAUGCGGGUGAUGCGAGCAGUGGCACCCAUCCAGGUGUCAAUCGACCCCACGUUUCUCCGCUUCGUCCCCAACUACUCCAACAAGCUGGCUGUGGUGUCCCAGGUGGGUCACUUCCAGCUGGUGGACCCCAACAACACCAUGUCCAACUCCAGCAUGUUCUACCAGGUCAACACAGGUGGCGCUGUACUCACCAGCUUCGACAUCUCGUCCUCAUGCAACGCCCUGUCCUUUGGAGACUCAUCAGGCUACAUCCAUCUGUAUACAAACAGGGACCACCCCACCUUCAACGCCUACUCACAGCCUACAGAGUUCCCUGAUCCCGUUGAGCCUGUCCAGAGCAUCCACAUCAACGACGAGCUAGCUCCGGUAUCCAUGGUCCCCAUGGUGUACCCCCCAUCUGGUCAGCUGCUGUCUGAUUGGCAGACCAACCUAUCGGCCAGGAAGUAUCGGAAGCCUAAGCCUAUCGACCCCGAGAUCCUUCGUACCAUGAAAGUCUAUCACAACGUUGGCUAUGCUCCCAAUUCUGGAAAGGAACGCAGGAACCAGAUACCCUACAAGCUGCCGAAAGAAGUGCACAUGCAGACAACUGGAGGAACAACUCACACUCGCAAGUCAAGUGUCCCAGAAUCCCCUCUGGGGAGAGGUGAAGAUCCGUUUGUCACUGUACCAAAGAAAUACAGACGAGUCGAGAUGAAGUAUUCUAAGCUUGGUUUGGAAGACUUUGACUUCCGACAUUACAACAAAACUCACUUUGCUGGUCUGGAAACCCAUAUUCCUAAUGCCUACUGUAACGCCAUGUUGCAGGUUCUGUACUUCCUUGAGCCCCUGCGAUGUCACCUCCUCAGUCAUCUCUGCCACAGAGAGUUCUGUCUGUCCUGUGAGCUCGGCUUCCUCUACCACAUGCUGGACACACAGAAGGGCCAGACUUGUCAGGCAAGUAACUUCCUGCGAGCAUUCCGCACCAUUCCGGAAGCUUCGGCUCUAGGUCUGUGUCUCAGCGAGGCAGAGGAGGCUGCUGGGAAGGUGAAUCUCCCGCGACUGAUCCAGAGCUGGCAGAGAUUCGUGCUACAGCAGGUCCACUCGGAGACUGCCGUCAAGCUGGAGUCAGACACCAAGUCGGGCGCUGCUGCCCCUGCCGAGACGUCCACAGAGGCGGCCACUACGGAGAAGAAGGAGCAGACUCCCAGCAAGUCCAAGAAGAAGAAGAAGAAAGGGAAGAAGAAGGAGGAAUCUAAAGAUGAAGCAGAGGCGGGAGAUAGCAAUGGCGAAGACAACGUGAAGGCUUCUGAGGACGUCUCAGAAGAGCCAGCCAGGAAAGAGGAAGUAUCGAAGGUGACAGAGCUGUUCGGUAUCAAGACGAACUUGUCCUUGAAGUGUCGAUGUUCACAGGAGACGAGCCGUGACAACGAUCUGACUCUCAUCAACCUCUCCUACCCAGACUGUAACAUACCAGGUCAAGGUCCCAGGAAGUACAAGUUUUCUGAGGUGAUACAGCACAGCCUGAUGGGAGAAGGCACCAUGCAGGCCUGGUGUAACGAGUGUGGACGGUACCAGCAACAUACCCAGCGGAGGGCUCUCAAGAACCUGCCGGAUGUCCUGGCCCUCAACUGCCAACUGGAGAACGAGAAGGACCUCAACUUCUGGAGGCUCCAGCAUGAGAUUGUGAGAGCAGAAGAUGAAGAGAACCAGGUGCAUCCUGCUACGUCCUCUCGUCGGAUGGCGAAGAGCUGUCGCUAUGGCAGCGCAUGUAAACGCAAGGACUGCAAGUUCAAGCAUGACCCUGAGCAUGAUAGCAUCCUGGAUGAGCUUCUGGAACAAGUGGAGGAUGAGGAGACAUCCCCCAAGUGGCUGCCCCUGGGGCUCAGGAUGGGACUGAACGAUGAUGGAACAGUCAGGAUCACAGAGGUGUCGGACGAGGAGCCGCUGCCAAAGAUCGAGGAUGAAAAGGUGAAGCACUACGAGCUUUACGCCACUGUCACCCACGUCCACGAUAAGACGGGCGGCAACCUGGUCAGUCACAUCUUGGUGGGCGAGGAGUUCCACCAGCGCAAGGAGAAGGUCACCUGCACUCAGUGGUACCUCUUCAAUGACUUCUCCAUCACACCUAUUGAGAAGUAUGAGGCGAUUCACUUCAACCUGGAUUGGAAGGUUCCAUGUGCCAUCUACUUCGUCAAGAGGAAUCUCACCCGGUACCAUGAUCUCACAGUAACAAAUCAGGUUGGAUCAGAUUGUAUCUUCAAUGACCUGUCGCUGAUGAACCCAAAGAGGCGCAAGAUGACAUUCACACCGCUUCAGCCAGAUGAUUUGCCAAAGGCCAAGGAAAUCGUUGGUCUCGAUGCUGAGUUUGUUUCACUCAAGGAGGAGGAAUCUGAGCUACGCAGUGACGGCACUCGCUCCACCAUCAAACCGUCCCACAUGGCUGUCGCCAGGAUUACAUGUAUAAGGGGACAAGGACCUCAGUUUGGGGAGCCUUUCAUAGAUGACUACAUCGCCAACCCAGAACAGGUGGUCGACUACCUGACCCAGUAUUCUGGUAUCAAGCCCGGUGACUUGGAUGCUGCGGUCUCCACCAAGCAUCUCACCACCCUCAAGUCCACCUACCAGAAACUACGCUACCUCAUUGAUGCUGGGGUUGUGUUUGUGGGCCAUGGACUGAAGAAGGACUUCCGCGUCAUCAAUAUACUGGUGCGGAAGGACCAGGUGACUGAUACAGUGGAGCUGUUUCACCUCCCCAGACAGAGGAUGAUCUCACUCAAGUUCCUAGCGUGGUACUUCCUCAAAAUUAAUAUCCAGUCGUUUACUCACGACUCUGUGGAGGAUGCCAUCACUGCCCUGAAGCUGCAGCAGAAGUACAAGGAGUUGCAGGACGAGGGGGAGGACAAGGUUCAGGGCACCAUCAAGGAGAUGUACGAGUUCGGACGCAAGUGUCAGUGGAAGAUACCUGAUGUGGAUGAAAACUAUGAUGAGCAAGUGGCUUUCCUGUAAAGGUGGACCUCCUGUGGUCAGGUAGCCUUACUGUAAGAUGGUUGAUUGCAAUGAGAAGGUGAGCGUCUUGUGGUCUGGUGGACUUCCUGUGGUCAGGUAGCCUCACUGUAAGAUGGUCGUUUGCAAUGCAAUGUGAGCGUCUUGUGGUCUGGUAGACUUCCUGUGCUCAGGUGGCCUUCCCAAGAACAAGUAGAAUUCCUCUCAACUGGUAAACAUCUUGGAAGCAGGGGCUGUCCUGUCAACUGGAUGACAUCCUGCAAAGCAUGUUCCCUGUGGAGCAUUUGCUGUACAUUUUAGUCAGGCAGCUUUGGGUUGGAACAAUUAACCCAUGGCGAUGGCCUUACGUGUUGAACAUACUAAUGUUGCGAGAUAUGACAAACUUUUCAUUGACUAGGUGGAGGUUGUGUGUAAAAGGAGUUUGUUACAUCCCAUCCAGUUCUCCUUUAGUGUAAGACAUCCGAUCCAGCGUGUCUGUGUGGGACAUUGCUGGGAGGGGCGAUGUACAUGUGAUGACUAAUUUCUAGUAGGACUAAGAUUGGUAGAUACUCAACAAUGGGGUUGUUUAGUGAAGUUUGGUUGAAACUCAUUAAUAAACAAGGGGUGAGUUGUGAUAGAUGAAUGCAUGUGUUGCAUGUUAUUGGUAAUUGAUUGAAACUGUUUAUUGUCAGUUUGCUGUAACAUCAGCCAAGAGUGAGAUGAGGUACAUAUUUAGUGGAUGGUCGUCACAGGACUAGUGGAGCAUGGCAGACUUAAGAACACAGGUGAAGGUUGGAAGGAUACUCAUCCUUUCGAACUUCUACUCAAGUAACACAAUGUUGAGAUGCCACUCCUCCAACCAUGGUGGUUAAUUCCAGAGGUAAAAGCGUUCCUUGUAGGGUUUGAUGCCCCACAUUUGACAUAGGUGAAAGAAUUCAGCCGAUUCUUGUGUCACCUGCUGCAUUAUUGCUGGUAUAUUGACUUUUAAGCUCUACUCUCUUGCUACCAAUCCACAUAAAACCCAUCCUCCACCUCGUGCCAGAAUGUAGGGGUGCAUCCCACAAUCUUCAGGUAUCUAUGUCGUAGAGUAUCACACAGACUUUUCAACAGCUGUAAAUCAUGUCUGUUAAGUGGAAUGCAGUCAGACUGCCAGGAUAUUUUGAAUUUCAUUAUCUGAAACAUAAAUUUUCAUAUAUAUAUUGCAGUUCAACCAUUGCCAUAUGGAAAUGUUGGUAGCUAUAGAAAGAACUGUUUCGAUCAAACACAUGUAACUGUUAGUGAUAUGUAGAGAAUAUUGCAAUGAAUUUCUUCUUCAUCAUUGAAAUUGCAUCGGGUUUUAUUGACUUGAUUGGGGAGUUAUGUAGGCUUGUGGUUAGAGCGUUUUCUCAUCAAGCUGAGGACCCAAGUUUGAUUCCCAAUAUAUGUACAAUGUGUGGAACCAGUUUCUGGUGUCUCCUGCCUGAGUGCUAGUGUUAGUGCUUAAGACCAUACUCACUCAUCACCCACUGAGGGGGCGGUUGGGUACCCUCGUCACGCCGAAGACCCGGGUUCGAUUCCUGACAUGGGUACAAUGCGUGAAGCCCAUUUUUGGUGUCCCCCGCCAUGAUAUUGCUGGAAUAUUGCUAAAAGCAGCGUACAAUCAUACCCACUCACUCAUCAUCCACUGAGUCUGACAUUUAUUCACUUGUAAGCGUUAUGGUUACUUGUUACUUGUUAAACAAGGAUGUCUUGUUCACACAUCAGUAUUGUCAGUCCACACAGGAUGCCAUUCAACAGACUUACAUGUCCAACAUGGUUCUAGGGGCCAGUUGGCCCAGUUGUCUUAGGCGGGAUAAGAAUUGGGUUCCUUUGGUGGGUCACAAAACUAUGAUCGUUGGUUUGAAUUCCAGUUUGCCCUGAUUAUGGUUCUAGGUUUGUCAGCAAUAUACCCAUAUGGGUUUCACCAGAUUGGUAAAUGUCUAAGACCUGCAUCACUUUGGGCUUACCUCCCAUAUCAAGCUAACAUGCCAUGACAUAACUCAGUCAGCAAUCUAAACUCAUUUACUCCCUGAAACAUUGUUCCUCUACAAGUUACUAAUUGCAGUUAGGACAUCAUGUUCAUGAGAGACUGACAUGUUGAUAUUCAUAAGAUGGGUCCUGGGAUUUAUACUACUCAAAAGAAGUUAAGGAUCACCUGUUUAUAUCAUAUUACUGCAGGUAAUCUCUCAUUUCAGGGUAGAUUAAACAUAGUAAUAUGAAAGAAUCGAUGAUCCUUAACGUCUUUUGAGUAGUAUAUGU